GUACAUCUACUCAUUCAUAGACUAGUUUCUUAGCAAGUAUCUGUAUGUAUUUGGAAGCAUAGAGUAGUACGUGCCGUAAUAUGGGAUCUUGCUAACUUGCUAAUCAACCACCUAGCUAUCGAGAUGGGUGUAGAUACAGCAGAGAAGAAAGAUGGGGAGACGUCCACGGCCACGGCCAAGGACAAAGAACGAAAAAAGAGCCGGUCUAAAUCUCGAGAACGGGAUCGGAAAGGAUCUCCGAGCAAGGAACGCAAGCGUCACCGUUCGCGUGAGCGAAAACGUUCCCGUACCCGCUCCAAAUCUCCAGACAGGGAAAAGCAACGGAAAGACAGAGAGAAGGAACGUGACAAAGACCGGGACCGGGAGCGGGGCCGGGGCAGAGACAAGGAUGCCCACCGACGGGACCGCAGGAGCCUCUCGCCAAAAUCAAGGGACCGUAUGAAAAGAGAGAGAGGCCUGAAGAAGGAGGAGGACGACGAUGAUGCAAAGAAGAAGAAAGAUAAGGUGCAGCCCCUCUCGCUGGAAGAGCUCCUUGCUAAGAAGAAAGCUGAAGAGGAGGCUGAAGCUAAGCCAAAGUUUUUGUCCAAAGCAGAGCGUGAGGCAGAGGCUCUGAAGCGUAGAGAACAGGAGACAGAAGAACGACGGCGGACGGUGGACGAGGAGAGGAAGAAGAGGAGAGUGUUUCAGGACAUCGGGAGGAAGAUGAUGGAGGACCCCAUGGAGAGAGAGCGGAGAGAGAGGAGGGAGCGCAUGGACAGGGAGAACAACGGAAACGAUGAGGAUGACGGACGACAGAAGAUCAGAGAAGAGAAAGACAAGGGGAAAGAGCUCCAGGCCAUCAAGGAGCGUUACCUGGGUGGCAUUAAAAAGCGCCGUCGCACGCGCCACCUGAACGACAGAAAGUUUGUGUUUGAGUGGGACGCCUCGGAAGACACCUCCACUGACUACAACCCCAUAUACAAAGACAAGCACCACGUACAGCUGUAUGGGCGAGGCUUCAUCGCCGGCAUUGACCUCAAACAGCAGAAGAGGGACCAGUCCCAUUUCUACGGGGACCUGAUGGAGAAGAGGCGGACACUGGAGGAGAAGGAGCAGGAAGAGGUGCGACUGAAGAAGGAGCGCAAGAAGGAGGCCAAACAGCGCUGGGACGACCGCCACUGGUCCCAGAAGAAGCUGGAGGAGAUGUGUGACCGGGACUGGCGAAUCUUCCGCGAGGACUACAGCAUCACCACCAAGGGAGGCAAGAUCCCCAACCCCAUCCGCAACUGGAAGGAGUACUCUCUGCCGCCCCACAUCGUGGAGGUCAUCGACAACUGCGGCUACAAGGACCCAACGCCCAUCCAGAGACAGGCCAUUCCUAUUGGCUUACAGAACAGAGACAUCAUCGGUGUGGCUGAGACUGGUAGCGGUAAAACGGCGGCCUUCCUCAUCCCCCUAUUGGUCUGGAUUACAACUCUGCCCAAGAUUGACAGAAUUGAGGACUCUGACCAGGGCCCGUACGCCGUGAUUCUGGCGCCGACCCGUGAGUUGGCCCAGCAGAUCGAAGAGGAGACCCUGAAGUUCGGUAAACCCCUGGGCAUCCGGACGGUGGCCGUGAUCGGAGGAAUCUCUCGAGAGGACCAGGGCUUCCGCCUCAGGAUGGGUUGUGAGAUUGUGAUCGCCACUCCUGGUCGUCUGAUCGACGUGCUGGAGAACCGCUACCUCGUGCUCGGCCGGUGCACGUACGUGGUCCUGGAUGAGGCGGACAGAAUGAUUGACAUGGGUUUCGAGCCCGACGUGCAGAAGAUUCUGGAAUACAUCCCCGUGACCAAUCAGAAGCCAGACACGGAUGAAGCCGAGGACCCGGAGAAGAUGCUGAUGAACUUCGAGUCGGGCAAACACAAGUACAGACAGACGGUCAUGUUCACAGCCACUAUGCCCGCGGCCGUGGAGCGCUUGGCCAGGAGUUACCUGCGCCGCCCCGCGGUGGUCUACAUCGGCUCUGCUGGCAAACCUCACGAGAGGGUGGAACAGAAGGUCCUGCUCAUGUCGGAGAACGAGAAGAGGAAGAGACUUCUGGAAGUUCUUUCUCGCGGAUUCGAGCCUCCCAUCAUCAUUUUUGUCAACCAGAAGAAGGGUUGCGACGUGCUGGCCAAGUCUCUGGAGAAGAUGGGGUACAAUGCUUGCACACUCCACGGUGGAAAGGGCCAGGAACAGAGAGAGUUCGCCCUCUCCAACCUGAAGGCCGGCGCCAAGGACAUCCUGGUGGCCACAGACGUGGCCGGCAGAGGUAUCGACAUCCACGACGUCUCCAUGGUGCUCAACUACGACAUGGCCAAGAACAUCGAGGAUUACAUCCAUCGUAUUGGCCGAACGGGUCGUGCCGGCAAGAGCGGUAUGUCCCUGACCUUCCUGACCAAGGAGGACUCGUCUGUGUUCUACGACCUGAAGCAGGCCAUGCUGGAGAGCCCCGCGUCCACAUGCCCGCCGGAGCUGACCAACCACCCGGACGCCCAGCACAAGCCCGGCACCAUCCUCACCAAGAAGAGGAGGGAGGAGACCAUCUUUGCCUGAGGGGGGGGCCGGACUCGACAGCAUAUCUCCACUGGGGGGCUCUGUGUGCAGAGGGAGGCGGUUGGUGUCGUCCAUUUUGUUCUGGGGGGGUUUAUUCAGUGUCCGUUUCUUGUUGCUUUUUCUUGCUCCUCUCUCUC